GCGUAUAUGGCUUGUGGCCAAUGACUCGCAUAUUAACGGAAUCAUAGGUUUAAUGAAUUGUUUGCGAUUAGAACCGGGCGGACACAACUUGCGCUAUAUCUUCCAUAUGGACACCAAUACUGACACUAACUUUGACUUCAAUACUAAACCCUAUUCUGAUAUAUUGGUCAACGAUUUGGUCGCUAAUGUUAUUAAAGGAGGAAAACUGGGAACUUAUAGACAUUUAAAACUUCCCAACGGUUACGACAAAUGCUUAUCAAAUAAUUAUUACCUAAAUUUGGAAUCAAAUCGUGAUUUGGUUGGACUUCAAUGAGCUGACACCGGGGAACGAGUGAUGGGUUUAGAGUUCGGGCGCAUGUUUUGCAACUCAGUUAACGUAAUCGAUGAGUACAUGUCUUCUAUUCCGGAGCACUGGGCAAUGGCAGAGGCGGUGACUGUGUUGAGCACAUAUAGUACAGUACACUACGGGCUUAUCAAAAGGGCUCAUCUUAGAAAAGGCGAAAAUGUUUUAAUUCAUUCAGGAGCCGGAGGUGUGGGUCAGGCGGCUAUCAAUGUAUGCAAACACUAUGAAUGCGAUAUCUAUGCGACGGUAGAGACAGAUAGAAAAAAACAAUUUUUAAUUAAUAAACACAAUAUUCCGGAGAACCGGAUAUUCAUCUCAACUGAUGUGCACUUUAAUGACGAGAUAAUGGAUGCGACGGACGGACAGGGAGUGGAUGUUGUUUUCAAUUCACUGAUGGGUGAGAAACUGAGCACAGGUUUAAUGAAUUGUUUGCGAUUAGAAGCGGGCGGAGAGAACUUGCGCUAUAUCUUCCAUAUGGACACCAAUACUGGCACUAACUUUGACUUCAAUACUAAACCCUAUUCUGAUAUAUUGGUCAACGAUUUGGUCGCUAAUGUUAUUAAAGGAGGAAAAGUGGGAACUUAUAGACAUUUAAAACUUCCCAACGGUUACGACAAAUGCUUAUCAAAUGAUUAUUACCUUAAUUUGGAAUCAAAUCGUGAUUUGGUUGGACUUCAAUGGUUUGAUUCCCAAUGUCACAUUCCAAUGGGACCAGAAAAGAUAUACCCCGAUUGUUUAUUGGGGUUUGAAUAUGUGGGCCGUAGGGCUGACACCGGGGAACGAGUGAUGGGUUUAGAGUUCGGGCGCAUGUUUUGCAACUCAGUUAACGUAAUCGAUGAGUACAUGUCUUCUAUUCCGGAGCACUGGUCAAUGGCAGAGGCGGUGACUGUGUUGAGCACAUAUAGUACAGUACACUACGGGCUUAUCAAAAGGGCUAAUCUUAGAAAAGGCGAAAGUGUUUUAAUUCAUUCGGGAGCCGGAGGUGUGGGUCAGGCGGCUAUCAAUGUAUGCAAACACUAUGAAUGCGAUAUCUAUGCGACGGUAGAGACAGAAAGAAAGAAACAAUUUUUAAUUAAUACACACAAUAUUCCGGAGAAUCGGAUAUUCAUCUCAACUGAUGUUCACUUUAAUGACGAGAUAAUGGAUGCAACGGACGGACAGGGAGUGGAUGUUGUUUUCAAUUCACUGAUGGGUGAGAAACUGAGCACAAGUUUUGAGUGUCUGGCGAUUAGCGGCCGAUUCGUACAAAUAGGAAGAUAUGAUACGAUUGAUGAAAAACAGUUGCCAAUCAAUGACUCCAUUCGUGACAUACAAUUCACCACAAUUUUUAUGGAUUUCGUUAUAAUGAAUGACAGCCACUAUUUGGACGAGUUUUAUGAUUGGAUGCAUAAGAACUCAACGAAUAAUUGUAUAAAACCAUUAAAUUAUACGGUGUUUGAGGCCAAGGAUGCGGACAAAGCGUUUCGUUAUAUGACAAGCGGUGAACACAUCGGGAAAAUUGUUGUGAAGAUGAGGGACGAGGAAAGUGAAAGGACUGCCAUUACAUUCAUUAGACCGGUUCCCGAACUUUUGGUUUCCGUCAAAACUUAUUUCAAUCCAAACAAAGUCUAUAUAAUAACCGGAGGUUUGGGUGGUUUUGGUCUGGAAUUGAUUUCAUGGAUGCAAUCCUUAGGCGCCCGAAAAUUUGUGAUUACUUCCAGGUCUGGCCUUAAGACAGAUUAUCAGAAGUUUAUUGUAAAUCGUUUUAUGAAGAAAUAUAAGAAAUAUUUUAUGUCUAAUUUGAUUGUCUCGACGGCCAAUGGAUUGACAAUUGAAGGCACAAAACAACUGUUAAAUGAGGCCAAAGAGUUGGCACCCAUUGGGGGAGUAUUUCAUUUGGCGCUUGAAUUAAACGAUUCUUUGUUUAAAAACAUAACGUUUGAAAAGUUCUGUUCGACUGUCGAUACAAAACACAAGAUCUUUGCAAACUUGGAUCAAAUGAGUCGUCUAUUGGACUAUAAAUUAGAUUAUUUUGUAGUGUUUUCGUCGAUAUCUUGUGGUAAAGGAAACGCCGGGCAAUCAAACUAUGGUUUCGGUAACUCUUUAUGCGAACGCAUUUGCGAAGAGAGACGAAGAGAUGGAUUGCAUGGACUGGCCGUACAGUACGGACCCGUCGGUGAUGUCGGAGUGUUUGAAAGUUCAUCCAAUGAGACACCGUUUGCGUCCACUCUUGGAAAACAACGAAUCCUUUUGUGUUGCGAUGUUUUGGACAAAUUGCUAGCAAUUAAACAACCGAUUGUCACGUCAUAUAUAACACAAGACAAUUCAAACGAAACGAAACAAACGGAUGGAAAACAGAAGCGAAUAAUCGUUGAGUUGUGGAGAACUUUAGGCAUUGAUCCCAAUUCCACACCAAAUGACACCACUUUAGGCGAUAUCGGAAUCGAUUCAAUGUUUGCGACAGAAUUAAGGCAUGAAUUGAAUCGUGAUUACCAUGUUCAAUUAACACUAACACAGUUA